UUUCCUUUUUUAACGUAGGCUAUAGCGGGCCGGCGCUGUAAUUUUGGAAUCUGCCCUUGUGAAUGGCGGACGAAAAAAUUCCUCCCCAGGAACAGCGGCUCAACCUCCCCCCCAGAGCGAGGGCUGUUGAGCGGACAGCCCCGCACAGUCCGUACUGUCGUGUAAUUGUCGAGUCGUUACGUUAUUUGCUCUGAAAAAAAAAAUGUAACGUAGCGUGUCGAGACGGCGAGGGGGGGAAAACACAAGACUUGAAGGAAAAUUUUUCACAUUUUUGAAUUUCCUCAUAACUAAUUCACAUUUUUCCUUCCCCGGAGGAGGAACCCGUUGUUGCAGUAAAUCCUGGCCGGGGAAGGCAGGCUUUUUCGUCAGGAGUGUUUUCGCAUGAGCUACGACGCUUUUGGAGAAGUUCAGGGUCAGAGAAGGCAGAGUCAUGAGUGCACAAGAGUCACCCAAUCCCAGCACGGAGCUGGUGAGCGGUGGGAGCAACGGUCCCCCUUCCACUUCUGCAGGAGUCAGCCAGGACACCGCUGUCAGCCAGGACGCUAGCUCGUCUCCUCUUACGAUAAAGAAGGAACCAGGCACCACAGAGACGAGCAAUGGCACAUUUGGUGACACCAAUCCGGCGGAGAUCUGCGUCGUCAUUGGAGGAAACGACGGCAAAACGACCGGAGGUGGAUCUCGCAGAGGCCAGACCGAGGGUAUGUUCGCCCUUGGUACUCCUCCUCCAACCAAGAGCACAGACUCAUGCAUAGGUUCCUAUGUAUGUGGAGUCUGUGGGAAGAAGUACAAGUAUUACAACUGUUUUCAGACGCAUGUCAGGGCACACAGAGAGUCUGAGAGCAUGGUUGCAGAUCUACAACCAACACCCAACAGUGGGUUCCGUUACUCCUGUGACAUCUGCGGCAAGAAGUAUAAAUAUUACAGCUGCUUCCAGGAACACCGUGACCUGCACGCAGUGGAUGAUCCAUAUGAGCAGGUCAUGAUACCCAUUGAUGGCCUUAAAGAGGAGGAGCCGAUUGAAUCCUAUCAUAAAAUUGGACCAAAAACAGGCAGCUUUGUUUGUGAGUUCUGCGGAAAGCAAUACAAAUAUUUCAACCCAUACCAGGAGCACGUUGCCCUUCACACACCCAUGAGCUCCUUUGAUUUGAAGGCGUCUCGUGUGCAGGAGUGUGGGAGCUUGGACAUGAGCAAAUUUGGGCACAGCCAAACUGAUAAGAUGAAAAGCAGUCAAUUUAGGCGGAAACUGGAGAAUGCAUUACAGUCUAGUCUGAUUGACACAAACAGUUCACAGAAUUCAAGUGGAACUCCGAGCCCUCUUGUGGCCACUUCCUUCCCUACACCUCAGAAACCCUACACUUGUGGUGCCUGUGGCAUCCAGUUCCAGUUCUACAACAACCUGCUGGAGCACAUGCAGUCCCACGCUGCUGACAACGAGAACCAUACCAAAGGGGACUCUCCAAAAGCCUCCUCAGCCUCGGGUCCUCAGGAGCCACUGUGGAGAAUGUCUCCAGCUCAGGCCUCCCACCCCUCAGUCAAACUACAGAUACAACCUCAAAGUCUCGUCCAGAGGAACCACAAUCUUAUCCAGAAUAAUGGGCUGCCUGAGAAGGAGCGGCUACAGGUGGCUGAGCGUCUCUUACGGGUAAUGUGUUCUGAUCUGAACAUGCUCAACGUGCUCAACAGUAAGGACUUUCUCAAGCUUGCGCAAACGCUUGUGGAUACGGGGGCACGUCACGGGGCCUACUCCACCCGCGAUGCCCUCGGCAACAUGAGUGCCUUGGCUCUGCGUCAGCUUCCCCGUAUGUACAACCAGGUCAAGGUCAAGGUGACGUGUGCCCUUGGCUCUAAUGCCUCUUUGGGCAUUGCUGUUACGUGCCACUCCCAGACAUCAGGCCCGGAUGCUUGCUAUGUUCUGACGGCGUACCAAGUGGAGGGCUCAAGACUGAAACGAUAUGUGCUUGGAGUGCGGGAGGCAGAACUGAGGGAGGGGCCGGAGCAGAUUCACCACUGGGUCCAAAAUGUGCUGUCUGAGUUUGUUAUGUCAGACAUUCGCACUGUGUACCUGGCAGAACCUCGGGUGUCGGGGGCCGGAUUUGGGGCAUCCCCACUCAGCGGUAAGGGCAGGAUAUGCUUGCGCUGUGCGGGGUGUUCGCUUGGUGCCGUGGUCCAGGCCGUCCUGGGGAAGCGUAGCUUGCAAGCUCGAGGCCUUCACGAGCUGGCCGAACUUCUUGCCACGUGCAAAGACAUCUCUGCCUCCACCACACUGGCACUGAGGGAGGAGCAGUACACCAACACUUCCCUGAGCACGACCGAAGAAGGCGCACAGAGCAGCGCUGCACAGUGCCCCACACCACCCUGCUGGGACCGUACAGCUGAGGCCCUUCUGCAAGUCCACACUCACUUUGAGCGCAUUUGUGAGACAUAUGGACGCAGCAAGUCCACAGCACCAUUGCUCCAGGGCCUUAACAAGCAUUUGCUAGGCACGCUGACUUGUCUGCUGGCCCCUCUUCGCUUGGCAGCACUGGAGCUGAGCAGCCAGAGGAGGCCCACCCUGCAGCAGGUGCUUCCCGUCUACCUGCGCCUGGAGAAGUUCUUCACUUCCAAAGCUGGAGAGGCGGGCACCGGCAUGGCCAGCAAACUCUGCCACUACUUCCUAGAAGCACUCAAAGAGAACUUCAAGGUUGAGCGAGCCCACCAGGUGGCGAUGGUAUUGGACCCUCAACUCAAGCUACGUUCCGUACCGGCUUACCAGCACGAGGAUAUAAUCUCCCGAGCGUGCGAACUUGCAGCCGAAACCAAGGAGGCUGGCAUAACUGGUGCAGGGGCAUCGUGCGGAGAGGAGCGGGACAAUGACGGCCCACCCAUGCCCAAAAUAACCCGAGUUGAGGGGGCCGGAAACAACGGUGGCCUUUCGAGGGUGACAAUGUCUGCUAACGACGGGAGUCAAAGCCAUGUCAGGCAAGAGAUCUUCCAGUACCUGGCGGAGCCUCUUCUCCAAGGUACCACCGAUCUCUUCCACUAUUGGAGCUCGACUCUGGGCGAGAAGUUCCCCAGACUGGCACGCCUUGCUCUGUGGCUCCUGGCCGUUCCCGCGGUGGGCAUAAGAAGCGAAUGCGUAACGGUGUGCGAGCAGAGCCUGGCCAUGAAGAGGAGGCAGCAGGUAACCGCUGAAGAAAUGAACAAACUCAUUUUCCUUCGCUCCAACAUGGGCUAACAGCCCAAACUUUCUCCUCUCAUCAGAGACUUACUACAUAGGGUUAGACCGACUGUAAACCUUAAAUGUGUAUGGACAGAUGAAAAAAGAUGUUUUUAUGUUCCAACCACUUGGAACGAUAAGGUUUAUCACAUACUUUGUUGGGGACACAAUGAUAUGGAGAUGUUCAAUGCUUUGAGAUUGGAACGAUAGCUGUUUGAGUUUUGGGUUAGCUUCUUUAGUCUAGCCUGAAAACUCAACUUCUUGAGUGGCUACAUGCUGUUAGUCUUAGGGGAUGGCAGGUGAGGUCAGUAUGAGCGAGAUUGGUGGCAUAAAUACUGUAGCUCAGGCAGUUGAUGGCGGAUCAUUUUCUCACAAACUGUUCAGAAUUUUCACUGCCUUUUGCACCUCUUGAGUUUCACUACCAAAUUUGUGGCAAUGGCACAGAGAUUGAGAUUGUGUGUGUGUGUGUGUGUGUGUGUGUGUGUGUGUGUGUGUGUGUGUGUCUUUUGUUAUUAUAGCACCACCUCACCCUCCCCAAAAGCUGUUAAACCAAUCACCUUUUAAACAAGGUCAAAUGUAUUAAACAUUUAUUAGUCUUAUGCUUUCCCAAUACGCUAACCCUGUACAAUGGUUCUUUUCUUUGGUUGGAUUUACGUGGCAAGUUUAAGUGGCCAGUUCUGAUUCAAUACUUAUACAGUACUUAAAUCUUUUUUUUUUUCCCUGAAUGUCCAUUUACAUUACAUCUCUAUCUCAAGUGACACAAAGCUUUUAUAGUUGCGUUUACAGUGAUGGAACACAUGAAACAACCCUCUUGCACAGACCAAAUUCCUCGUAAAUAACAAAACUAGCAUCAUCAACAUCAGGCAGUGACAACCUGAAAGAAAGCAAUGUAUAAAUAACAAUUUUUUUAAAUAUUACAAUUAAAGUAGUGUAACUUAACCGGCAGCCUUCCGCAAUAAUUUUUCUUAUUAAUGAUGGAUCACUUUACCGUUGUAUACUUGUCGAAUUUUAUUGGCCAAGGCUUUCACUUUAAUUUACAUUCACAGGAAUUUUUCUUUAUUUCAAAAAUUGUUUGGGACACCUGUGGGUGUACAUGUCACAUAAGGCUCACAUCAAUGGGGGUUUAAAACGUAUCUUGACUGAACACAGAAUAGAUUGUCCUUUACGAAUCUUGAGAUUUUUACCCCCAUUUCAAAAGAGGCUUGAUUUUGAUCUUAAGUUGUUAAAUUCCUUGCAUUAUUUGUUUUAAAUCCAUUUACACUUCCAUGACACAGAUCCACAUUGAAGCACUGGACAGCAAAACAAAACAUAACAAAAAAAAUUGAAUCAUAUCACUUAAAUCAUGCAGUGUAAAUCCAGCCUUCAUCUCAUGCUGCUACAUGUGUUAGCCCCAGUGCUAGGCUUGAAGGCACGUUUGACUACGCUGAUCAGACUCUUGUGAGUUUCGUGAUUAUUGCGGUAACAAUUAGCAUCAUAGUUUGGGUACAGCCUAGCUUGUAACUAAUAUAUUUAAAUCACAAGGCUGUUUUAGCUAAAUUGCUGAAGAGCAAGAAACAUGCUGACCUGCUAUUGAUUUAUUUUUUUUUUUUUAAUAUAUAAUUGUUUUUCCACUGUUAUUUACAAGCAAACCGCAGUAAUUUGAGCAGCCUUCGUUCUGGUAAACACAUUGCUUGUAGGAAGGUUUUGUUGUUUUCCUUAAGUGAGGCCUUAUGUGUUGAUUUCUUAGAGCAAUAAGCUACAUGAUGAUUAUCUACUAAAACAGACUGUUGGCCAACACACUGCUCCCACUGUCAAUCACUCUCUUUUUAUGGAAAUCAAACCAAAAUUCUCUCACAGAAACAAUGAGCCUACCAUUUCCUUUGCCUUGCUUUGCCCUUUUUGAGGUACAUGCGUACACCCUCCAAAAUACAGCUUGUAGUGUCAUUUGAAAGAAAUUCAUUGUGUCAUGAGACAGAUGCAGUUGCACAGCCACUUGGGAUGCAAUUCAAAACCAAUUCUUAGGAAUCAUUUGUUUACUGUCCUGGUGAUCCCGCUUAUUAAUUCCUCUCACGCUGCAAAUGCGUCAUGAAGUCACACGUAAAAAGUGCAUCUUGGUUCAAAACUUUGCAACAUGGCAUCGAGGCAGAAGCACUCUAAAGUUCAGCUAUAGUUCACAAAAUAAAGAUGAUAUUUGGGAGCUUGCAACACAUGCAAAGCUUUCAUUUUGUCAAGGGGGGGGGGGAAUACUUGGAAUACUAGGAACAUCUUUGAUUCUGACAUUGAUAUCAUUUGUAUUUCAUUCCCUUUCCCAAUGAGAACUCUAAAUUGAGAGAGAUUAAUAAGCAGUUCAUAAUGGAAUCGGAAUCCCUAAAUUUUAAUUAUUUCCCAUCCUUAACGCCCACAGAUUCCACUCUAUUUUUCUUUCCUUUUUUUUUUUUGUUGUGCGUGCUAAGACUUUCCUAAAUGCCUUAGAUGAUUGGAAGUUGUUUUGUCUAUGGUCUCUGCUAUUGGGUUAUUUCCACCCUGCAUUUGGGGCUUAUUGCUUACUUUUUUUUUUCAACAAAAAUGCCUUGAUGUUGCGAAUUCAUUGCCUCUUCUGAAAUAGCACAUUUAUUUUGUUUUUUUUGCUUCUCAAUAUGAUCGUUUAGGUCCAUGGCUUUGUGCUCUACAUUUAUUAUUUAAGAUAAAGGCAUGGAUGUGUCUUCAAAUAUUAGUACAUUCUAGAGUAUUUAAACAAUGGAGCAAUCUGAAAAUAUAAACCCCUAUCUUGACUCACACAAACUGUCAUAGAUGCCACAUUUUGUUUUUUUUUUUAAACUGUUCUUGUUGACUUUUUCACAAAACAAUAGCUUAGUUCAUUGAAAGUGUACACUGAUUUUGAUCAUUUGAUAUGAGAUAUUCUUUUAUCAGUAUGUCUGUUUUUGCAAGACAUUGGAAGUGUAACCUAAUUUUGUGCGACCAAGAUCUGUGGAUUAUGGAUGGGCAUUUAACAAGAUUUUCUUGAUCAACUUUUAACUAAUGGGCAAUUACUCGUUUACCUUCACAAUGUAAUAUUUAUGGAUAAUAAAGUUCAAGUUUGUGUAUAAGCUUUUUAAUAAUGGUUGUAAACAUUAAAGGAAAAACAUUUUCAGAAUUUUAAACAUUUCCCAAGCCAUCUUAUUAGCAUUUAUGGCAUGCUAAUGUUACAAUAUCCCAAGGACCAAGAAUUGCAGAACAUUCUACAACUCUAUUUCUUGUCUUCCUGAAAUUAGCCUGUUUGGCGGUAAAUGGUACGACUUGUCUCAUUCACGAGCGAGUGUGCGCAUUGCCGCCAGCAUUUGGUAUCUAGUCCUGUUGGAAACUGAGGCAAGAAUGUGGAGAAGGGGGAGGGGGGAGAGAGAGAAAGCCAGCACUCAUAGACAAAAAAAAAAAACAUCCUUUUAACUCAUCGGGGCAGUUCAGAUGGUACACUGCGUAGUGCAUAAACAUUUUCUGGCCGUUGCUUGAAAGUGGCUCUGGAUCUUUGGCCUGCCUUGCUCUCGUGUCACGGGUUGGUUGUUAUGCAAAUUAGUUUCACUCUUGUGUAGCAGCACAGGUCGCUAACAUUUCCAGAAAUUGGCAAAUUGCUCAAGCUUUACUUAGUUGUUUAAUUUCCCACUUGAUGGCUCAGCAGGAACACCAGAGACACAUUUGCAUACAACUAAUUUAAAAAAAGGACAAUUUUUCAUGUUUUGCAUCAACAAACAGCACAGCUGACUUCAAUGGUCUUGCGUAGUUGAGUACAUCACCGGCGUCUCUGCUGGUUCCAGUCAAACCGUGCGUUCCAUUUUUCCUCAAUAAAGAAUGCCCAGCAAUCCGAGUUCUUAUCCAUCACUUGAGCCCUAUAUGAUUGCCAUUUCAAAUAUAUAUUAAAUGAGGACAGGGGAAAAAAAUGUACUGAUUUGAAAUUGACCAAUUCAAUGGUUUACCUCAGUAUUUAAAAGGUAGUGUUGCUGCUCACCGUCAAAGAAACAAACAUGGUUUGAAGUUUGUGGUUUUUCUCUGCGCCGUGAAUAAAUGAAGGGAUUUAUAUUAGCGUUUUUAAAGUAUGUAUUUUAAAUAGGAUACGCUCUGGGACAAAAUGCCAUCAUUUGACGUCACGAUGAUCGCGUUGGCGUAAUUGAACCUGAGAACUCGCGUUAUGUUUUGCUUAAAUGAGAAUUCUAUCCUAAGCUAAUUAUGCAUGCUUUUGAAUAAGAUUUUAUGAUACAGUUUGAAGCCAGUUUUUUUAUUUUUGAGGGAGAUGGGGGCGGGAGGGGGCGUCUUUCCGUGUUGGACUGAAUUUGAACCUCUAGGGUGUGGAAGUCAGGUGGCCGAGGUACUGCUGAUCAUAGGGCUGGUGCGAAUGCGUGGUUGACGUCAUCCGUUUUCCGAGGAUGUAUUAUGUAAAUACGAGAGAACUGCUGUUUUUAUGCCACGAGGGGGCGCCGUCAAUUCAGAGACAAAGUAGAUAGCGCCGAUAACAUACCUCUUUUUUCUACAGUAGCAUUUCAAGGAGAAAAAAAAUCUUUUGAUAUGAUCGAAGAACUCAACUUAGAUACUGUUAGCCCAGCUGCUCUAAGUUUAAUUUUAACUUAUUCAGACGUCAAUUGUAAAAUAUGCUAACAAUAAGGUGUGUUCUUUGGAUUCUAGUCUGCAUUAUCAAAUCAGGUUAAUAACAGUAUGUUGCUUUUAAUCCUAUUUUACAGAUGUUUUUCUUUUUCUACUGUUAUACAACAUAAGGUUGAUCCUUCUGUCUUUUUUCGUUUUCUGAGUAGAAUCCCACAUGAGUUGUCUUAUUUAGUAAGCCUAAUUUAUACUUUUGUAGCAACACUAUUUUUAUAUAAUGGCAAAGUAAGGGUUCAGUGUCUUUUUUUGUUGUUGUUGUUGUUGUUGUUUUAUGUCAUUUAAUGGCAGCGCUGUUCGAAACUGUUUCUGGACUACAUAACCCACUGUAGUAUGUGAUGUUUGAAUAAACUCCAAAUCUGUG